UACUACGCCUGUUGCUUCCCAGACGAUUCGGGACUUUUUGCAGGCCAACAAUUACAAGUUGAUGCAUAAGCGUGACACCUUGCCUUUGACCCCUCCAGGAAGAACGCUUCCCUUGCCCUUGCAAAGAGACAGCGUACUUGGACUGUUGAGGACUGGAACAGAGUGGUAUUAUCUGAUGAAACAAAAAUCAAUCGUUUGGGAUCAGAUGAUGACACCAGUAUGCUCCUCUUAUCAUUCGAGACAGAAAAAACACAGUGAAAUGCCAGCAAUACCUCCUGGCAAAAGGCACUUUGACACAGGCGAAUACGUUUUUGCGAAAUUCACGGGAUAUUCGUCGCAUGACGACUUGAAACACCACUUUGCCUGUCCGUCUUGCCUUGAGCAUUUUGGUGCAAAGCACACGACUACAUUCAGCAUGUUGAGGCAACCCAUUUGCCUUCGGAAGCAACAUGACUCUUUCCGAUCAAGAUCAGAACCGGUCACCCUCCGAGGAGACCCAUCUUCCCCCUUAGGCUCAAUAGCUUCACAACAUGCUACUCCCUCAGCACACGAACAAAGCCACGAUCCCCGGCUUCGGAAGCAACGGAAGCUCAUGAAACAACUGACACCAAUCCAGCAACAUGAGCGGCAGAUUAACUCCGACUCUGUCAGGAAACGAUCGCUGCCAUCAACCGUGGGUGUGUCGACAAGCAAAUGCAUAGUUACGUUUUCGUCCACGAACUAUCUUCAUGCGCCUAACACUCCCAAGUGUCAUGAGCACAUGGUCAACGCACUUGAACCAAUUGUACGCAAGUUGGUUGAAGCAUUCGUCAAGAACUCGGCUAUUGUCGAUGCUGUACGAUCAGCGAAGCGGCCCACGCUCAUCCAUCAGUCGCAAAUCGAUUUCUUCAGUGUCCAGUCCUGAGCGGAUGGAAAGUGUGGAUUUCGGGCGAUCGAAAAUGUUUUAAAAUCAGAUAAUUCAAACAUAUCUGAAGAUGAUGGAAAUUAUAGAAAAUGAAAAAAAUGAUGAAAAAUUUAAUUAUUGGUAUAAAAUCUAUUCUUUGCG